CGGCCUUUUAAGCUGUAUCGUCACGAUUCCUUCCGCUCCUCCCCAUAUGGCGUUCUGGUCUCUUCCCACACCUUUUCGCUCCUCCGCGAUCGUAUUUUAAGCACACCGAUUAUGGUACCUGGGUGAAACACGAUCUCCAGGUCUGGUCUCCCUGGAAUAAUCAUUCACACAGUUGAACGUCCCGCUUUGUAAUGUAUUUUCUGCAGUGUAUUUAAUCGGCGAGCCUUCCUAUGCGGAUUUUGAAUCCCAAAACAGUGAUACAAUUCCUCAGUCUAGAGAAAGAAGACAAAGCCGGAUACCUAUGGAAGCGCAGGUUGGAGCACAAAGGCUCUUUCAAAAAGCGGUAUUUCACAGUAUGUGGGAACAUACUGGCAUAUUUCGAGAAAAAGUUGGACAGAGACCCACUUGGAAUUCUCAUCCUGGAAGGCCAUGUGGUUGAAAUGUUGGACGAUCUGACUAUGGCCUUGAGGUUUCCAUCACUUGGAGAAAGCUGUAGAAGCUAUGUAUUGCGAGGCGAAACUGCUGCGGAUACCGAACAGUGGAUGAGAGUUCUGAGCAGAUCCGGGAUUGAUUUUCUUACUCUGACUCUGGAAGAUCUCGAAGACCAGUUGAGUGCGUUGACCGCCGUACGGAGAAGCUCCAAAAUCGAGUCGCCACCACCGGUACCGUCCAUCCAGCAUGGUGUCACUGCGGGCUCUGCGCCGAAACUGGAAUCCGGACGGAGUAAUCCUUUUAAUCGCCAUUCAGGUCUUCCGCAGUCCGUCAGUCCUUCCCGGCCCAGACGACGUGCUCCAUCCCCGCCUUCAGCAUCGAAACCUGAUAAGCCUUCUUCUGAGCUUGUGGUCCCGUCAAGCCAGAUCUCACCGCACCCUUCCACCCGUCACUUAAACUGGCUGCUUGCACAGACCUGGGAGCAGUUGCACUCGCUAGCCCGUGAACAUCUCCGCACUAGCACCGUGGCACAAGAACAGACCACUCAGCAAUCCAACCUUGGCUAGGACUAUCCUCCACUUGUCUUUUUAUCAACCUCUUCUCUCCCUCAGUGGUCUUUUCUAUCCACUUCCCGAGCGCAUAAUUUUGUCCCAUGUGCCGCUUCAUUUUUAUCUGUUGAAAUACACAGAGGUUUUAUUUCGAUC